AUGAUUUUGUCACUCCUUUGUUUUAUAGGAUUCGUUGCAGGAGCCCCAGCUGAAGAUUUGGUUGACGGGUCCACAUGGGCUAAGUUCAAGAUUCCAUAUUCAGGAAAGAUGUAUUCUGGGUAUUUGCCAAUCGAUGACGCUGGUAAAAAGCAAUUCCAUUAUUUUGCUUUUCCAGCCUUUAGCUUAGCUGGACCAUUGUAAGCUACAUUUCCACUCGUAUUGUGGUUAAAUGGAGGUCCUGGAUGCUCAUCUCUUUAUGGAGCCAUGGUGGAAAAUGGGCCAUUCACAGUAGAAUUGGGUACAAAUAAUUUCAAAUAAAAUCUGUUCACUUGGUUGAAUUUUGCUAACAUGUUUUACUUGGAGAGUCCAGCAGGAGUCGGAUUUUCUUUUGGAAAUACAACUACAGAUGACAAGAGCACAGCAAAGGAUAAUUUGAAGGCAGUGAUUGAAUUCUUUAAGAAAUUCCCAGAAUACAAGAGCAUAGACUUUUAUAUUGCCGGAGAGAGCUGGGCUGGAAUCUACAUUCCAACAUUGGCAAAUGAGAUCAUUGAUUACAAUGCCAAGGUAGCAAUUGGGGAUAGGAUCAGAUUGAAGGGUUUGAUGAUUGGUAAUGGAUGCACAGAUCCAACAGAAUGCACAGAUUUGGGAUUCAAUUUCCCUGUGCAUUUUUACAAGUUCCUUCAUGGUCAUGGAUUCAUCAGUGAGAAAUUAAAUGACAAGAUCGAAACAAUGACAAGUUAUUGUCACAUGAAAGCAAUUCCAGAAUGCAUGGAAAUCUUUGGAGAAGUGAUGGAACAAAUCAAUGGAGAUGAUGACUUCUAUUUUAAUCCAUAUAAUGUAUAUGGAAAAUGCUAUCAAUUGCCAUAUUAUAAUGAGAAAGGAGAAUUGGUGAGAGAUAAGAGAUUCAAAUUACAUCCAAUGAAGGAAGGAGUGGUUGGAUAAGUCAAUGAAUGCUCUGAAUCAGAAGCCUUGUUCCUGUAUCUCAACAAUGCAGCAUUUAGAAAGGCUUUACAUAUUAGAGAAGACGCUGGUUAUUGGAAUGACUGCUCAAACAUUGAUUACAAGAAGGAUCCAGGAGCCACUUAUCACUUAUAUCCUAAGCUUCUCAAGAAUGGAAUUAGGAUCCUGAAAUUCAGUGGUGAUGUCGAUGCUAUUGUUCCCAUCACUGGUACUUUGUAUUGGAUCGAUAAAUUGUAGAAGGAACUAAACUUACCAACCAUUGAGGAAUGGAGACCUUGGUACAAGCCAGGAGACAAAGGAUCAGAGCCACAAAAUGCUGGUAGCGUCUGGGAAAUCGAUGGCUUGACCUUUGUUUCUAUAAGAAAUGCUGGGCACAUGGUUCCUAUGGACCAACCUGAAGCUGCUAGCAUAAUGGCUAGUCAUUUCAUAUUUGAGAUGCCUUUACCAUCAGAUAUACUGUGAUGGAUAUAUAUAUAAUGUGUUGCAUUUAUAUAAUUAAU